AUGGCUACCACCGCCUCGGUGUACAACACCUCACGCACAACGCGCCAGAUUCUUCGGCGGCAUCGCAAAGACAAGCCUUCUCUCAUCCUCCACCUGCACAACCACCACUUCCGGUUCGAGCGCCAAAAUGGCAUGUUCCUCUUCGACUCGCCCGUCAAGGCCUUUCUCGGGUACAUCCGGGAUCAGAAGGUGCCGGCGGAUCUGAUCGAUGUGCUGACCGACUCAGGGGUGCAAUUCUUUGAAGGGUGUCUUUUGGUGGACGUGCACGAUCACCGGAGUCAUGCCGCUGCGUCGGCGUCGAUAUUGGGCCCACGGGAGCUGCACAGCAUGAGUGCGGCGGGGACACUGGCGAGAGGCGAUCGCGAUGCUUCCGGAGGAGCCAUAGGGGAGGGCGCACUAGCAUCGACUCUCUUCUACCUUCAAGAAGGCGGUCGCUACGGAGCACGCAAGCUUCUCGGCGGCGCAUCCUCUUCCGACCCGCGCACGGGCGGUCUCGGAGGCGUCGAGAUCUACCGCAUCGUCCUUCACCCCAGCUCGGAGACCCUGUGGGCCGACAUCAAGAUGCUCGACGAUUUUGCGGGGGGGAUGUGGAGCGAUCAAGAAGCGCUCGAAGUCGAGGCGAAGAUCCUUGCGCUCACGGCACCACCUUUGUGCCUCACGCCCGACCCACAGGCGACGCGCAUCGCCAACCUCAUGCUCUCCUCCACCGCCCUGCCUUCGGCAUACACCCCGUCGCAGGACUCGCCCUUCCGCUCAGCCCGAAAGCGUGGAGCAAACUCGAUCGAGAUGGAGAAGGAGGAGGCCAACCGGCAGAGGCGGGAGAAGAUCAUGCGGUUGAUGCAGCAUGGACACAAGGGUGUGGUGCCACCCUCUGGACCGGCGAUGGGCGAAGGCGGACCGGCCAGCGCCGCUGCAGCGACAGCGUUCGUGCCGACGUUCGACAGGAUGACGUUCAUCGAGCGGUGGAGGAUUGGGAGGAAUGCCGCGCUCAACGGCGCUCCCCUUGGCGCGCCCGCUCCCGGUGCGGCAAGCGCAAGCGCCAACGGCACGGCGCCGGCAAAGGGCAAGGACACCAAGCCGGCCGAGAACGACGCCGAUACAAGCACCGCCAAGAAGCCGACCAAGAAGAAGAAGAAGGCGCAGCGGGAGAAGGAGGAGGCAGAAGCAGCUGCGGCGGCCGAAGCGGCCAAGAAGAAGGCGGAAGAAGAAGCUGCUGCCGCAGCGACAGCGAAGAAGCCCAAGAAGAAGAUGACCAAGAAGGAGCGCGAGGAGAAGGAACGCAGAGAAAAGGAGGAGAAGGAGAAAGCGGAGAAGGAGGAGAAGGAACGGAAGGAGAAAGAAGCCGCUGCUGCAGCGGCUGCGAAUGGAAAAGCGAAACCGAAGAGCAAGAAGAAGCAGAAGGAAGAGGCUGCUGCUGCCGCUGCCGCCGCAGCAGCCGCAGCAGCGAGUGCGGAAGCAGCCUCCAAAGCCACAGCCAAGAAGGACGCACCUGGCAGUCCCGAGAAAGACAAGAAGGCAUCACCCAAGAAGACGGCGGGCAAGAAGCCCGUCACUACCACACCCGCCACCCCUGCCAGUGGCAAGAAGAAGACUCCAGCAAAGAGCGACAAGAAAGUGCCCAACACCGCCGUGCCGCCAACGGGAAGCACCGACACACCCGUCCUGGCCAACGCGACAAUACAAACGCCCGUGCUCAACAGCGCCACGCCAUCCGUUCAAAAUACGCCCACACCCGCACACCGCGCCAUCCCCACACCCCAACUCCAGCAGCAGGCGCAGAUGCAACAGCUCACCCAACAGCAGCUCCAACAGGCUGCCCUGGCGGGUAUGUUCCCAGGUAUGAACCAGAUGCCCUUCAACACGCCGCAAGCAAACGCCGGUGGGUUUGGAGCGGGGAUGCAAAUGAUGAACUUCCCCCCGACGAGCAAUCCGCAGGCGACGGCGGCUGCGUUGGCUGCGAUGCAGGGCAUGGGUCUCGGUCAGUUCGGUGGGAAUGCAGGGAUGAAUUUUGCAGGAGGAAAUGCGGCGCAGAUGCAGCAGAUGAUGCAGAUGAUGCAGGCGAAUGGGAUGGGGUUCGGGAUGAACGGGUUUCAGCCGCAAGGCCAGCAAGGGCAACAGCAGGGUCAGCAGCAGGGACAACAGGGUCAGCAGGGUCAGAGUGGAGAUAUGCCGGUGGGCGUCGGACUGGGCGGGCUGGCGAAUUGGGGUACGGGCAAGUAG